AUGUUCUACUCGCACACGAUCCUCGCGUGGAAGAGCCCGCUGGGCACAGUGUGGAUCGCCGCACACCUCGAGCGCAAGAUCAAGAAGCCGCAGAUCGACGGCAUUGACAUUCCCACCUACGCAGAGAGUAUAAUGUUUCCUGAGGUUCCAAUUGCUUUAAGAUUAUCAGGGCAUCUUCUCCUAGGCCUAGUUCGCAUUUAUUCAUGGAAGGUGAACUACCUUUUUCAAGAUUGCAAUCGAAUGAUAACUACAAUCAGAACUACCUUCGUUGCUGUGGAAAUAGACCUUCCAGUUGAGGUGGAGCCUGCACCGUUUGAUUCCAUCAGAUUGCCACUUACAUUAAAUCUUGACGACUUAAACUUAGAUGAUGUAAUUUCUCAGAGGAAUACACCCGCUAAUGAUCAGAAGACUCUUGAUCAGAUUACUUUGGCAGAAAGAGAAUAUGUGAUGAUAGAUCUCGAUGAGGAUGAUAGAAUAGAACCACCAGCUUGUGGUCUAUCACCAUAUAUGGGGCCUGAACCAUUUGAGGCAGGGACAUUCCCUCGGUUCGAUGAUGGUUUUGGAGCAAAUAACACUCUUAGUGAUGAGAUUCCUCUAGACCCUUCUCCUGGCAACAUGCUAGAAAAGCCUAACAUUGAAACUCCGUCAGAUGGAGCACAAGAUCCGCCAGAAAUAAUGCGAGAAGCUCCACAGGAGGAGCCUGACCACUUAACAGAUUCAGUUUUUGGUAAUGAUGACCUCAUGGUGGUGGACAAGUAUUCUUCACCGUUUGUGCAGAACAAGGGCAUCAGCUCCGUCAUUCUUGUCACCAAGACUGGCGAGCACCAACUCUUCACCGGUGUCUUCUACAUCCCCGUGCUGAGAAAUUCAAUCAUCUGCCUUGGGCAGCUGGAUGAGAGUAGCUCGUGUGUGGAGAUCGACAGUGGAGUGGAGAGAGGGUGUAAUCGCCUCUACAUCCUCUACGCGGCGGUGGCGCAGCCCCUCUGCCUUGCUGCUUGCCGCAACGAUGAGGCUUGGUGGUGGCACGAGCGCUUUGGGCACCUCCAGUUUGAGGCCUUGAAGCAGCUCAACACCAAGGAGAUGGUGCGGGGCAUGCCGUGGGUCGACCAUGUGGAGCAGCUCUACAACACCUGCAUCAUGAAGAGGCGAGCUUCCGAGCCAAGGAGCGGCUCGAGCUCGUGCACGGCGAUUUUUCUGUGGGACGGUGACGCCAGCUACACCUGGAGGUCGGCGUUACUUGCUACUACUCAUUAA